AUGCCUUCUGAACAGAAGGGCUUGAAAGUCCUCAUUGUUGGAGCUGGGAUUGGAGGACUAGCUGCAGCCAUUGCACUCCGGCAACAGGGGCAUGUAGUAGAAGUGUUUGAAAGGUCACGAUUUGCAAACGAAGUCGGAGCGGCAAUUCACUUAACCCCGAAUGCAAAUGGGCUCCUGAAGCGAAUUGGGGUUGAUGCACGAAAGUACGGCGCGGUGCGGACGGAGCAACUUCGGGAUUAUACCUCCGAUGGAGAGCUCCAGUACACUUUAGACACGAGUCUGAUCGCCGAUAGCUGGCAACAUACACCAGCUAACCUUGCUCGUUCAGGAAUGGGUUCUGAUUCACCGCGCACAUCUUCACGAGGCUCUGAAAGACAAAGCACAGGCGCUGGCCAGGGAACGCCUAUUGUUCUCCACACCUCCGCCAAAGUGGCAGACGUGGAUCCUCAUAACGCAGCCAUAACCCUGGAAGACGGCAAACGCGUCGAGGGAGACUUAGUGCUGGGAGCCGACGGUGUUCACUCUGUGGCGCGCAGGCAUGUCUCAGAAAAAGAUGUUAAGGCAUUUAGCUCGGGUCGCAACGCAUUCCGGUUCAUGGUCCCUCGCAAAGAGGUAUUAGACGACCCUGAGACAGCUCACAUGGUGCAAACAAAUGGAACGGUUCAUAUGUGGCAUAGUGCCGACCGUAAGGUGGUCAUUUACCCGUGCGUGAACAACGAGAUAUUGAAUUUUGUCUGCAUUCAUCCAGACACUCUCACCAACGAGUAUGUCUCCCAGGGCUGGAACCAAGGCGUUGGCAAGGACACGCUACUGGACACCUUCAAAGACUUUGAGACUGGGGUCCUGAAAAUGUUGGACAAGGCCGAUCCGGAAACGCUGAAGAUAUGGCCACUGCUGGACAUGGAAACGCUUCCCCAAUGGGUUAAUGGGCGACUAGCACUCAUGGGGGAUGCAGCGCACCCCUUCCUGCCUUAUCGGGCCUCUGGAGGCGCCAUGGCCAUUGAGGACGGGUUGUCGUUGGCCGUUAUGCUCCCUGGAGAUGUGACAAGGGAAGAUGUCCCCACACGGUUGGGCCUGUACGAAAAGGCUCGCCAAGAGCGUGUGUUACAGAUACAGGAGUACACACGAGAAUCAGGAAGGAGGCACAUAGGUGGAAAGGAAGCUGCCAUCAUCACGUCAUACAUAUACGAUCAUGAUGAAUGGGAUCAUUCCAGUGAAAUCUUGCGCCAGCAUCUUUGGGCUCAAAACAAACAAGUUUACUACCGCCAACCUAGUGUCUUUGGCCCUAUGCCAGGGCCGCGUCAGGACUUCUGGGGCAGAAGCCGAGCGGCUGCCUCGAGCAAGGCGAGGUUUUGCACCGCAUCCGUCCGAUUUAAGACGAGUCGUACUUUGCUGAAGAACCUGCUACCAAAUUCGUCUUACAGCUUUACUGGUAUGGGAAGUGUAGCAUACGCGACCUUCUCUCAGACUACUCUAGAUGGUCUAGAUUGGCUCGCGGGUGGAGGGUACAACCACUUCGGACUAUAUAUCCAUGGUGUCCAAUACAAGAGCGCAGAUGGCCAAAUCACCGAAGGAUCUUACCUUCCAGUCUUAUUUGAAGAUCUAGCGGAUCCUAUCCUCUCUGGGCGCGAGGAGCUCGGAUUUCCAAAGGUCUUCAGUGCCAUCGAUGUGAACAGGCGCCGUCAUUCGUACCAUGUUACUACUAGCUGGCGGGGCGGCGUGUGGGGCCGGUUGAAUUUGACAGGGCUUGAGGACAAGUCAGAACAUCAACAGCAGACUAAUGGAUCGACACAGACACCACCAAAUCUUCUGCUACACCGCUACAUGCCUUGCGUCGGCAAGGACCGCAAGGGAAUCCCCGAGACGGAGUAUCCUGUUGUGGUCAACUCCGCUGAAGACUUGACGGUUGUACCCUCGAAGAUCACACGCGAGCUGCGCGCCACAGACGCUACCCUAGAGAUCGAUGGACUGGACUGGAACCAGCUCCCGACUCUACAUCAUAUCAUCUCUCGCCUGGCUGAAGUUCCAGUGUACAAGGUUAUAGAGGCUAAGGUUGUUGAAGGAGAGGGAGUACCAGACGUGUCAUCUGCUCGGAGGCUUGAGCUGUGA